AUGCACUCCAUCCUGACCACUUCGCUCUUCCUCUCUCUCGCUGUCUUGUCCACGGCAGUUCCCAUCCCAUUCUCCUUGGCAACAAAGGACACAGCCCUAACUGAGGCUCAACUGCUUCAAAUCGCCCCAACGUCAAAUACCUGCGAUAAUGCCCCUGCUAAAGGAGAAUGCGCCACGGCGAAGACAGCCGCCACCUUCGUCUCUCAGUCCUUCAGUGACUACAAGGUCACUAACAAGGCCGAGCAAGCCGCGAUCCUGAGUCUGAUGGCUUUUGAGAGCGACGACUUCAAGUACAAUAAGAACCAUUUCCCCGGCACCCCAGGUCAAGGCACUCGCAACAUGCAAUCCCCAGCCUUCAACAAGAAAUACGCCAAUAGCAUUCCUGCCCUGAAAGACAAGAUUGCCCCUGUCGCCAAUAGCCCCGCUGAUCUACUCGACUUGCUGCGUGAUAACGAAACCUACGAUUUCGGAUCUGGCGCCUGGUUCCUUACCACUCAGUGCUCUAAGGAUGUGCGCUCCGCUUUGCAGGAUGGCUCUGAGACAGGCUGGCAACAGUAUAUCAGCAGCUGUGUUGGCACUUCGGUUACUGAUGAGCGCAAGCAGUACUGGGAGCGAGCUGUGAAGGCUCUCGGUGUGUGA